AUGCUCACGCAUCCAUACUCUUUCACGAUCCAACAGACAGGGAAGCGCGACUUCCUCGUCGGACUCGAAAAGAAAGCCCAAGCACGAUGGGCCUCCGAAAAACUCUUCGAAAUAGACGCGCCAUUCGAGUCAUCCGAUACCCACACAACAACCACACAAAUAACAGCAGCAACACCCAAUUUCUUGCCGGAGGAUGCUCAUCUUACCCCCGCUCAACUAAGAGAGAAAUAUCCCAAGUGGCUUGGCACGUUCCCAUUUCCGUAUAUGAAUGGGAGCCUACAUCUUGGACACGGUUUUACGAUUAGUAAAGUAGAGUUUGCGACUGGGUAUCAGAGGAUGCUCGGGAAGAGGGCUUUGUUCCCUGCUGCAUUUCAUUGUACCGGUAUGCCGAUCAAGGCAGCAGCUGACAAACUUGCCCGCGAAAUGGAGUUGUUUGGACCUGAUUUCCUCGGAUACAAGGAAGAAGAGGAGGUGGAGGAAUCUUCAACAACUGAAAAGGAAAAGUCUGGUCAAGUCGGCAAGGCUACGAAAGGAAAGGUGAACGCAAAGUCUACUGGACUCAAGUAUCAAUUCCAAAUCAUGCUGAGCAUGAGCGUUCCUCGGGAGGAAAUAAAAAAGUUUGCUGAUCCUGUUCAUUGGCUUGGUUACUUCCCUCCUAUCACCAUCAACGAUCUUACAAACUUUGGCGCACGUAUCGAUUGGCGUCGAUCCUUCAUCACGACCUCGGUCAACCCAUACUUUGACUCGUUCGUACGCUGGCAAAUCAAUAAACUCCGUUCUCAAAACAGGAUCAAAUUUGGAGAACGGUAUACUGUUUAUUCACCUAAAGAUCAACAACCUUGUAUGGAUCACGAUCGAUCUGCUGGUGAAGCUCUUGGUCCGCAGGAAUAUACUGCUCUCAAGAUGCAAGUCGUCCAGUUUAGUGAGAAUGCGUUGAAAAUACUGGGUGAGGUCGUGAAAGGGAGGAAGGUGUAUUUGGUUGCUGCCACUCUGAGACCCGAGACGAUGUACGGCCAAACCAAUUGCUUCGUCGGUCCAUCUCUCAAAUACGGGCUAUUCGCCACGUCGAAGAAUGAUGGGGUUCUCUACGUUUGCACUCAUCGAGCGGCUCGGAAUAUGGCUUAUCAGGGUGUGUUUGAGACGCGGGGUGUGAUCGACCAAGUGGGCGAGGUCGAGGGGAAGGUGCUGGUUGGGACCAAGAUCAAGGCGCCAUUCGGAAUCGUCCCUAAAGUCUAUGUCCUUCCUAUGGACUCCGUUCUCAGUACGAAAGGAACAGGAGUUGUCACCUCCGUUCCGUCAGACUCCCCCGAUGACUUCCAGACUCUCACCGAUCUACGGAAGAAGCCUACCUAUUAUGGUAUCGACGCAUCGUGGUGCUCCAUAGACCCUAUUCCUGUCAUCUCCACUCCGACUUAUGGUAACCUCUCUGCACCCGCCGUCGUCGCCCAACUCAAGAUCCAAUCUCAAAAGGAUGCGAAACAACUCGGUGAAGCCAAAGAGAUUGUUUAUAAGGAGGGAUUUUAUAGUGGCACGAUGAUCGUUGGAGAUUUCAAGGGUGAGGCGGUACAGGAGGCGAAACCCAAGGUUCGGAAACAGAUGAUCGAGGCGGGACUUGCGUUUGCGUAUGCGGAGCCUGAGGAGUGUGUGGUGAGCAUGGAGGAUCAGUGGUAUUUGGAUUAUGGCGAGCGUGAAUGGAAGGAGGAAACUCAAAAACUUCUCGAGAAGAUGGAGACUUACUCAAGCGAGACUCGGCAUGCGUUCGAGGGGACUCUGGGUUGGUUGCAUCAGUGGGCUUGUGCGCGUAGUUUUGGUCUCGGUACGCGCCUGCCGUGGGAUCAACAGUACCUCGUCGAAUCCCUGAGCGAUUCAACGAUCUACAUGAGUUACUACACGAUUGCUCAUCUUCUUCAAGGUCACUGGUACGGCGAUAAACCAGGUCUUUUGGGCAUCCAACCCGAACAACUCACGGAUGAAGUAUGGGAUUACAUCCUACUAGAAGAUUCACCUUUCCCAUCGACGUCCACGAUCCCUCACUCAUCUCUAUCCCGCCUGCGCUCAUCCCUACGCUACUUCUACCCACUCGACCUCCGUUCCUCUGGGAAAGAUCUCAUUCCGAAUCAUCUCACGUUCGCUCUCUACAACCAUGUCGCAUUGUUCCCGGACGAAUACCGCCCUCAGAGUUUCCGGAUCAAUGGACAUUUGAUGUUGAACGGGAAGAAGAUGAGCAAGUCGACGGGAAACAGUUUGACGCUUAGGGAAGGGGUGGAAAAGUUUGGAGCGGAUGCGACGAGGAUUGCGUUGGCGGAUGCGGGGGAUGGGAUCGAGGAUGCUAAUUUUGAUGAGAAAACGGCGAACGCGACGAUUUUGAGGCUACAUACGCUUAUUGAGUGGUGUCAGGAGAUGAUGAAGGAGAUUGAUAACCCACAAUCCACUUUGUUGAGACGUGGUCCUUUGAAUUCGUACCAUGAUAUCGUCUUCCAGAGCGAAAUCUUUCGUCAGAUUGGGCUGACGGAAGCUGCAUAUGAACAAAUGAACUACAAAGAAGCGCUGAAAGAAGGAUUCUUUGAAAUGCAAACUUCACGGGAUUGGUACCGCGAAGUCACAUCCAUCGACAUCGGAGGAGGAGAAGGGGGUGGAAGUGGGAUGCACGCUUCGCUGAUAGAAUUAUGGAUUCGAACGUCCGUUUUACUUGUCACGCCGAUCGCACCGCAUUUCGCAGAGUUCGUUUGGACGGAGGUGUUGAGGGAAGUGGAAAGCGUUCAGAAAGCGAGGUUCCCUGUUGUCGCUGAUGUUGAUGGCGAGAAGGAAGCGGUGGAUGCUGCUGCUGCGAUCGAGGCGGGAGCGUAUAUGAGGAAUACGAUAAAGACGAUUCGAGAUGCGGAGAUUUUGGCGGAGAAGAAGAAGAAGGGUAAGAAUGUAAAGGGAGGGUCUUCUGGUGGAGGAGGAGGAGGAGGAGGAGGGAAGAAAGCUGUGAGGAUCUUUGUGGCGACCAAGUACCCAGAGUGGCAAGAUGUGAGCGUUCAGAUCGUUAAAGAGGCGUUCGAUGAGAAAAGCGGGAUUGUGGAUGAUGAGAAGGUGAGGGAGGCGUUGACGAAGAAAGGGUUUAUGAAGGAUAAAAAGGUGAUGCCGUUCGUUCAGGCUUUCAAGAAACGGAUUGGACAAUACGGACCCGGGAUGGCUUUCAAACGAACGCUCCCCUUCAACGAAGCUGAGACGCUGAAAGUGAUAUUGCCGUAUUUGGUCCAUUCGCUUGGGUUUGCAAAGGGGGAAGUCAUUACGCAGGAAGAUGGGAGGAGACGUCUUGAAGAGGGAGGAGGGAAGGGAAAGGGAAAGGGAGAAGGAGAAGAAUGGAAGGGCGCGGCUGGGGCGAUUGAAUCCGCGGAGCCGGGGCAGCCUGGGUUUCAAUUUUAUGGCGUUCAGGAGUAG